AUGUAUAAUUAUUUUGGCGGGAAAAUAAAAUGUAAACAAGAGCUAUUUCCUUCAUUUCACUUUUACUGUACCAAUUAUCAAUUACGAAAUGGAUACAACUGAUAAAGUCCAGAAAAAUUUACAAAAUGCACUCAAAUUGAGUGGUUUCAACAUUCGAAGAGAAUUUUGUUGCUUGUUGGUAACAUCUUUCAUAGAAGGAGGUGUAGAUUUGAAUGAUGGCAUGGCAUUCGAAACAAUGAUCAGGAAUUUAUGCGCUAGUUUAGAAAAUCAAUGUCUUGCAGAAAAAAGCAUCGAAAAGGAACAUAUUGAAAGAGCUAUUGAAGUCUGCUUGCAUUCUGGUUAUGAUAGAUAUGAAUCCAUUUUUAAUAUUAUUAAUGCCUUUGAUUUUCCCAAACUAUCUUACAACCCUGACCGAAAACUGUACUUUAUAGAUAAGAGUAGGUCUACUUUGUUGGCGAAGGCUGACAUCAAAGCAAAAUUGUUUUUGGAUCGUUAUUACACAAUUCUGCAAAGAACAAAGCGUAAUUUUCAGCAGAAAGUUUCUGCUGGAGAUAAGAAUCAACUGAAAUUACAAACUGUUGAUUAUUUACUAACUCUUUCCAAUGUUACAUUAGAAUUUACUCUUAUAUUGGGUUCUCUCAUACAAGUUUCAGAGGGAAAAUGGCAUUUGGAAGACCCAACCGGCAUGGUCGAGCUCAAUUUAACUCAUGCCAAAUUUCAUGCUGGUUUCUUUAUGGAGAACUGUGUUGUUCUAGUAAAUGGUUACUAUGAAGACAGAAUAUUGCAUGUAUCAACAGUUGUUCUACCCCCUGGAGAAGAAUAUGCAAAUUCUAGAAUAUCAUUUGGAAGUUUAAAUUAUUUUGGUGGAAAUUCAAGUGUGCCCUUGAGAGAUUCUCUCAAGUUGAAGGAACAUCUGAAUCAAAAUAAGAGUAAACCUAUUUUGUUUUUCUCUGAUGUGUGGCUUGAUCAUCAGCUGAUAUUUGAGAAACUGGAGUUUCUCUUCGCGGGUUUUGAGGAUAUUCCGCCUAUAGCAUUCAUUUUUAUGGGAAAUUUUAUGUCAAACUCCCAAGGAAAUGAAACGAUGCAAACUUUGAGAAAAUUAUUCAAAAAAUUGGCAGAGUUAAUACUGAAAUAUCCUGGUAUUUCCACUGAGAGUGAAUUCGUAUUUGUGCCAGGUUUAGCUGACCCUUGUACUCUACAUAUUGUACCAAGGUUGGGCUUACCCGAUUAUGUAACAGGAGAAAUGAAAAGAUUACUUCCUAAGGCUAUCUUCCCCACAAAUCCUUGCAGGCUUCAAUAUUGUAAUAGAGAAAUAGUGCUAUUCAGGGCAGAUCUUGUUCCAAAAUUCUUGCAAGGUACUUUGCAUAAACCCCCCAAAGAGCAAAUUGUAGAUUGUAUUAAGAGGACAGUAAUAAGUCAAGGACACCUAAGCCCUUUAUCAUUGAAUUCUUUGACAGUCCACUGGGAUUAUGAUCACACUUUGAGGCUGUAUCCCUUACCUGAUUUAGUUGUUGUUGGAGACAAGUUUGAGGCCUAUGCUGAAGAUUAUAAAGGUUGCCUUCUAGUAAAUCCAGGAUCUUUCUGUGAGGGCUUCCAAUUCAAAUCUUAUACACCAUUUUCCAAUACUUGUGAUGAUUGUGACUUAGACAUGCAGACUUAGUUAUUUUUAUUUUGAGAUUCCUCGGAACAUAUUUGAAAGAAAAUUGUGAUAUUUGUAACAAAAUUUUGACAUUUUAAAAAGUUGUCGUUUAUUUUGUAGUUUUGUCUUUCACUCGGCUUUAGUACCUUUUCAGACUUCAUUGAGACCUCUACAAACAUGGAGAUGUAUGAAGCAAUGUGAUC